UACCCUCCUCCGGAAUGGGAAACCGUGACUCCUGAUGCCAAAGAUCUCAUCAACCAGAUGUUGACAAUGAACCCCUCCAAGCGGAUCACUGCUGCUGAAGCCCUUAAGCACCAAUGGAUCUUCCAACCUGAACGUGUGGCUUCCAUGAUGCAUCGUCAAGAAACCGUCGAGUGCCUGAAGAAGUUCAAUGCUAAACGAAAGCUUAAGGGUGCCAUCCUCACAACGAUGAUUGUGACUCGGAACUUCUCCUGUAAGUUUCGUCAACAGUCACAUAUUCCAGUUGAGCUUAUUGUGGGUACUAUUACUGCUAGUUAA